UUUAAUAUUGAAAAUGAGUAGACUAUUCCUUUAAAACACGCUGUACUACCAAAACAGAUUUGACAUGGACACAUUGCUUUCACUCAUUUACGACAUCAUAAGCUCUGCUGUCGGCUACAGCAAAUUCCAUCAUAGUCGUUGCCUGGGUUGUGUACGUAUGUCUAGGGCGGGGCUAUCAAAAAGGCAUUCAAAUCUUUUGGGGGUAGAGGCCUUUUUUUGGUGAUUUGAAAUAUCAACAAUGUUUACUAGAAUAAUUGCCACACCUUUGAGUUCUAUUAACAGAAUCUAAGACAAGGGUUUCCAAACUUUUCACUCCUUGACCCACUUAAACAGGCAUAAUCUCAAGACUCAAGAAUAUUUUUAAAUGGAAGUACGGGGAAAAUACAAAUUUGUUCAGAAGAACGUUAUUUUUUCUAGUCAUUAAAUAAAUUAAAUACAAGUUUAAUGCAAUACAUUAUGGUAAGAUAUCAAAACCAUUGUCAUUGCCUGUCAUAACUUGGGCUAAACUGUUUAUUGUGUCAUUCACCUCAACAGCCAGUGACUUUGCGUGACCCACCUUAUACCACUGAUCUAGGACAUGUUAUGGAUUAAGUACUUCUCCCUCUGUUUACAGGAAAAUUACACUUGAAUGUAACAUGUAACUGAUGACAUCAUCAGCUAAAGGAGUUCAAAGUAAAAGCCAGUUCCUUUGCAUAAUAGCCACACAAGGAUAUAAAAAAAUAUUUACAUUUAGCCUACAUCAUGCAUUUGGCAGACUCGUUUAUCCAAUGUGACUUACAGUGCAUAUACAUUUUUAUCAUUAUGUGUGUCCGAACCCAAUACAUUUUGUGCAGACCCAUAAAGGAGGAAUGUUACAUUGAUUUUCCAUUCGGAGCUCAUCAGUGUUUAGUUGGUUAGCAUGACUAACUCUUUUGGUUGAUCACAUAGCCAUCAUUUAAAACAGCUUUAACUUGUGUUGUGUGUGUGCUAAUGAGUUUAUGUUUUAUGAGCACUUAUUUAUAGGUAUAAAACAGGCCAUACUAGUUUGGACGCCGUGCUGGUUUGUGCUGGUUUCUUUAACAGGGACCUGAGGCCUCUCAACAGGUACAAAUCUCAAUGUAAAAAGCUCUGGAUACAUAUUAUAUGGUCCAUGAAAAUGAAGCACGCAUUUUAUAUGCACAUCUUUAUCAUUUUAACAAUUAAUUUUUAUCAUUAGCAUUCUGCUCUGGUUAGACCUCUGAUAGGAUCAUAAAUGGUCUUCCAGUCCUAUAAAAUGUCAUUUUGAUAAUACUCGUACCAAAAACCUUUAAAGGACAUUUCAUGUAAUGCCUGAACUGAAGAACAUUUAAAGGGCAUUGAAUUGUCUACUUACGUUAGCUUCCAUCGUAAACAAUUUUCAUCCCUGUGUAACUUAUAAACAUGUUUUGGUCUAAACAGUGGACAUGAUGACGUGGUCCGCACGCCCAAAAUGAACCUGUAUUUGAUACGAGGUGCUUUGUUUAUGUGUAUACAGUAAGGAGGAGUUAUCGUGAAAGGUUAUAGAAAAGACAGAAAGGUUGUAAGAUCAGCUUAUCUGACGAGUCUCAACCAACAUCAACCACUCUGAGAUCCACCUGUUCCUCGACAAAGGAGGGGUUAAAAUGAGCCAGUUCACAGCACUAGUCCUUACAGUCCUCUUGACGCUAUUCAGUCAAGCUGAAGCAAAUCCAUUUGUUUACAACUAUGAAGCGUUGAGGAUUGGAGGGUUGGUCUUCACAGCUCUGCUCGUAGCUGGAGGAGUUACAGUUCUCUGUUGGGGACAGUGCAAACCAAAGAGAAAGAGCAGUGAAGAUGCCAGCCAAAUUUAAGGACCAAACAUUUCAUCUGCUUAAAGUUUUAUUACAGCCUUGAGUCAAGUUUUUGUUUUAUAUUUUUUUCCUAUUUCUGUUUAGAAACUACAAAAUGGAUAACUAGUUCAACAAAAAUUUUUUAAUUCUUUUAAUUUCUGUUUUUUAUUUAUAUAGCCUAUUUAUUUUAUUCUGGUCGCUGUCCAAAGACCAAACUGCCUAAAACUUCAAUUUCAUUAUAUAAAGGAUAUAAAGUCUUUCUCCAUGUGAAAGAUGAAACACCCAACAGCUGUGUUCUGUGCUUUAAUAAAGGUUCUCAUUCUGGUCCUGUAA